UUAUUUCCCCGUGCUUACUGCUUAGCCCUAGUUCUGCCACCGAACCCUGUAUUUUUUUGACCAUCUGGAUAACAAAAGCAGGUUUUUCCUCUAGCUUCGUUCGCUGAAAGAGAUGAGAGCAUUCUGUGCAAUCCGCUCUGUCGAGCACCUCUCAUGUCUAUCUAAAGUGCUUUUCACUACCUCAAGGAUUCGACUUCCAUUUCCUGCAAAACUCUUCUCCUGCAAAGCAAAGUUCGCUGAUUCUGGGGUAGAUGGAUUGUUCAGCUUGAAAGUGGUGCCUCCAACCUUGUUGGCAGCAGAAAAAGAAGAAGCCAAGGCUGUUUUGACCCUUUUCUUAAAGAAACAAGGAUUGAGCAAUGCAGUUGCAGCAAGAACCAUCAACAAGUCAGACCUUUUCAUCGACCACCUUGUCUCAAGGCUUCAUUCUGUUCAUAAAUCUCGAUAUCUAGUAGGACGUGAGCUUACAACUCUUGAGAUCAGGGAUGCUCUUAUUCCAUUCCUUGAAGCCCUUCUCGAAGAGCAUGGAAACUUCAUGGUAGAUGUAGUGGAAAACUUUCCAUGCCCACCUGUUAAAGAAAAAACAGUUGUGCCAGUUUCUCAGCCCAAUCUGACUCUUGACUCUAAGAAGCUAAAGGCCAUCUCUCGAGUGAGUGAGAUAGACCCAGCUGGGAAGCUUCGCCCUCAUGUUCUCUAUCUCAUAGAGCUUGGUAUGGAUCUUGAGCAGAUCAAGGGAAUUACACGAAGAUUCCCAGCUUUUGCCUACUAUAGCUUGGAGGGAAAAAUCAAACCAGUGGUUGAGUUUCUUCUUGAGCUUGGUGUACCAAAAUCAGAUAUUCUCACCAUCCUCGCCAAAAGGCCUCAGUUGUGUGGAAUCAGUCUCUCCGAAAACCUUAUACCCACUAUGACAUUCUUGGAAAAUUUGGGUGUGGACAAGAAACAAUGGGCAAAAGUGAUAUAUCGCUUUCCAGCACUUCUCACUUAUAGCAAGCAGAAGGUGGAGACCACUAUAAAAUUUUUUUACGAGAUGGACCUCUCAGCAGAGAGAAUUGGUAAGAUUCUGACACGCUGCCCACACAUUAUUGGUUACAGUGUGGAGGAGAAGUUACGGCCAACUGCUGAGUAUUUCCAUUCUUUGGGGGUUGAUGUUGGUGUUCUUCUCUAUCGUUGUCCACAGACUUUUGGUCUUAGCAUUGAGGCCCAUUUGAAGCCAGUGACAGAAUUUUUUUUGGAGAGGGGAUACGGUAUCAAGGAAAUUCGGACCAUGAUCUCAAGAUAUGGAGCGUUGUAUACUUUUAGCUUGUCAGGGAAUUUGAUACCAAAAUGGGAGUACUUUUUGACCAUGGAUUAUUCCAGAUCAGAGCUAGUGAAAUUCCCUCAAUAUUUUGGAUAUAGUUUGGAAGAAAGGAUUAAACCGAGAUAUGCACGGUUGAAGGAGUUGGGGGUUUCAAUGCUGCUGAACCAGGUGUUAUCACUAUCGGGUAGUGACUUUGAGAAGACUGUUAAAAAAAAAGUGAAGAAAAUGCUCCCUGACAAGGAUACGAGUUGUAGCAGCAAUGACAUUCAGCUGAAUGAUUUGGGUGUGAAGGAGAAAGCACUUGCUGGGCUGAGACGUAUAAAUCUUGAAGGUCUGCGUUGGAGGGUAUUUGAUGCCAAAGGCCAGGUCCUUGGCAGGUUGGCUUCCCAAAUAUCUACUGUGAUUCAAGGGAAAGAUAAGCCGACAUACGCUCCAAAUCGUGAUGAUGGGGAUAUGUGCAUUGUGCUUAACGCAAAGGAUGUCUGUGUCACAGGGAGAAAACUCACAGACAAGUUUUAUCGUUGGCACACUGGGUACGUGGGUCACCUCAAGGAAAGGAGCUUAAAGGACCAGCUGGCUAAAGAUCCUACAGAAGUUAUCCACAAAGCUGUAUUGCUCAUGCUUCCAAGAAACAAAUUGCGUGAUGAUAGAGAUAGAAAAUUGAGGAUAUUUGCUGAAAGUGAACACCCCUUCGGCGACAGGCCCCUUGAACCAUACAUCACGCCUCAUCGAAGGGUGCGUGAAAUGCGGCCCCGUGCAAGGCGAGCAAUGAUUCGAGCUCAGAAAAAAGCUGAACUGCAACAACAGAGCGGUAAUGAGACAAGGAAAGAACCGAGUCACCCCGAGUCGGAUCAGCCGGUAUUUCACAAAGACACAGCACUAUUCAGAGCGCUCUCUCUCAGCGCGACUGAUUUGGUAUCCCCGACCGAACUCAGAAACAUGGGUUCGUUGGAAGCUCUGAUCAUUCAGAUACAAGGGCUGUCGAGCAGCGCCGGAGAUAUCUCCCGCCUCCACGUCAUCCUGAAGCAAUCGGAGGACUCGCUCCGCGCCGAGUCGACUCGGUUGUCUGCGGUUCUUAACGAGCUCGACCCGUCCACGCACUCUCUCGGAUACCUCUACAUCCUAGAGGCUUGCACAUCUGCUCCGAUUUCGAAAGAGCAAGCCACAACAUUGGUUCCCUACAUUGCUAGAUUUAUCAGUUAUUGUGUUCUGGAGCAAAUUGGUUUGGUGCCAGAUAAAUUCAUAUCUGUUUGUAAGAGGCUUAAGGACCAGGUUUUGCUACUUGGAACGCCAAUUCGGGGGGUGGCUCCGAUGUUGACUGCUGUGCGGAAACUCCAGCAUUCCUCAGAACAUUUGACUACUUUGCAUCCAGAGUUUCUUCUACUUUGUUUAUCGGCAAAGUGCUAUAAGACUGGCCUCUCCAUUUUGGAGGAUGAUAUCUCUGAAGUUGAUCAGCCAAGGGACCUUUUUCUCUACUGUUAUUAUGGGGGGAUGAUAUGCAUAGGACAAAAGCGUUUCCGCAAAGCACUGGAGCUUCUACACAAUGCUGUUACUGCUCCAAUGUCUACUAUAAAUGCUAUAGCUGUUGAAGCUUACAAAAAGUACAUAAUGGUUUCUCUGAUUCACCAUGGACAGUUUUCUACCAGUCUACCUAAGUACACCUCUUCGGUAGCUCAGAGACUUCUAAAGAACUUCUGUCAGCCCUAUAUUGAACUCGCAACUAGUUAUAGCACUGGCAAAAUCGCAGAACUAGAAGCAUACGUUCAGACAAACAGGGAGCAGUUUGAAAGUGACAACAAUCUUGGACUAGUGAAGCAGGUUGUAUCAUCCAUCUAUAAGCGAAAUAUCCAGAGAUUGACUCAGACAUACCUGACCCUCUCCCUUCAAGACAUUGCCAAUACAGUACAACUGAAUAGUCCCAAGGAGGCAGAAAUGCAUGUCCUGCAAAUGAUUCAAGAUGGUGAGAUAUUUGCAACAAUCAACCAGAAGGAUGGAAUGGUUAGAUUCCUAGAGGAUCCUGAACAAUAUAAGACCUGUGAGAUGAUUGAGCAUAUUGAUUCAUCCAUUCAGAGGAUAAUGGCACUGUCAAGGAAGCUGACUACUAUAGAUGAACAGAUCUCAUGUGAUCCUUUAUACCUAGCAAAGGCUGGGAGAGAAAGACAGAGAUUCGACUUCGAUGACUUUGAUACUGUUCCCCAGAAAUUUAACUUUUGAAGUAAGCUUGAUUGGCCAUACCUAGAAGUGGUUCAUGAAUCAUGCUUAUAAGCAUUGCACCAGACCCCCGCUUAAUCUGAUCUGUUGGCUCCUAUUGUUCAAAAAGUUGGGGAUCUUUUCUUUUGUUUUUUUAAUCCCAAAAUGAAAAAGAAGUGGAUAUAUAUGACAUUUUUUUGUCAUUAGCCGGUUAUGAAGGUUUUAAUUUUCAUGUAUUCAAGUAUCUUCUGUUUCCUGCAUCCUUCCCUAGGAUGUUUCACUCAUUAUGCACAUUGCAAAAUUUUGACGAUAAAAAAUGAAAUUCUGAAGGCUUUGCAAGCUUA